GUUGGCCUCAAAGACUUUGAACAUUCAGAGAAUUAAGCCGGUACUACUGAUCAUCUGGACAUGGCCAGCGGAGCCGCCGACGGGCUAUUCAGAUGUGUCUGUAUUUCCGGCUGUGACACCGGGAUCGAGCGCCGCCCAUACCACCGCAACUGUGGCUGUGCACUCCACGAUAAGUCGCGUAAAGGAAGCCCCCAUGCAUUGCCAGCCAGGUGCAAAAAGAACAUAUCAUAUCCAAUAAGGCGGUCGUGGAGCGAGGGCUCCUUGGCAUUGCAUGCGGCGGCUGCGGCUUCUAACCACUCGUCCCCAUCUUCUUCGCCGGCUGUGGUCGGGGCUGCGGCUGGGCCGCCGCCUCACUUGGGUUUUUGUGAUGAGGAGGAAGAGUAUGUUUCAUUAUUCAAGAUUUGAACCUUUUUUUUUUUUUUUUUUCCUUUAGCAAUUAUUCAUAUAUUUUGAAUAAUUUGUUGGGCGGAUAAUUAAGAUUUGUGACCACUGAUUUCUGUAAGACUAUUUUGGUUUUUGUGUGGUUGUAAACUUUUUUGAUCGAUCGAUGCCAGUUUGGGUUUAUAGACCCUAUAAUCAAAAUGGGUUAUGUAUUAUUGGAUGAAAUGAUUUGAAUGAAAUCCUUUCAUCCCUGUUACUGUGUAAAUAAGAUGCAGCAAAUAUAUAUGUAUAUAUAUAUUAAUCCCUU